UCAUGGACUGUGUUUGUGUUUCAGGCAGUGAAGGCUCACCUGUGUGUACUGAUGUGUUGUCCUUACUUCAGUUCUCUCUACAGCAGUGGCAUGAAGGAAAGGCUCUCAGGCCAAGUUGAUCUCAGUGGUGUCACCUCCCCCGAGACCUUUGAGACUGUGUUAGAGUACAUCUACCUGGGCAAGGCCGUCAUUACAGAGCACAAUGUCUCCAGUAUUCUACACCUGGCUGACUAUCUCCAGCUGGAGGGACUGAAAGACAUGUGCUCCCACCACUUCAUCAGGAAUGGGGUCACCUCCAAGAACUGCCUCAGACUCUGUAUAUUAGCCAGCAUGUACGGAUUGCACUCGCUUUACGAUCAGGCCAACCAACGACUGCGUGCGUACCUGCAUGAGGCGUUGAAGGAAGACGACGUUGUAGACUUGUCAGCAGAGUCGUUGCUCGACUUGCUGAAGGAUAAAAAUCUGAAAUAUGUGCCAACGAUGGUGUUUUUUGAGGCCUUGAUAAAGUGGGCCAAGCACAAAGAGAUGGAAAGGAGGAAGGAGUUCAAGACGCUGUUUUGUGCCAUAGACCUGUCCAGCGUGAGUUGUAAGGACAUGGAGACAGUGAUCAGAGACCAGGAGCUGGUGUCCAGCGACCCAGACUGUGUCAAACACAUAGAGAACUAUGACUUGGACUUGUCUCUGGGGAAGAUCCACCCCGACACGGAGGAGAAGGAGGUGAUUGUAAUCUCAGGGGGGCGACACACCCCGGACGGCACACCCCACGCCCAGAUGUAUGGGUUCGUCAUCGAGGACUCUAAAUGGGUGCGGUUGCCCCCGAUGCCAUUCCGUAGUGAUGUCCACGUGUGUACCACGUUGAACCAGCGUGAUUUGUAUCUCGUCCGUCCCAUGCACAUGACUUGGGAGUUUUACAAAUUCCAGGAGAAGGACUCUCAGUGGAGCUCUUCCACCACCGUGCAAGAACCCCUGAUGUCUUACGCCUCCAGGACCAUCAUAUGCUCCGUCACGUGUCGAGGAAUGAUUUGUAUGCUCAAAGACAGAAGCAUGUAUUUCACAGGCAAGCCAUAUCUCUGUUGUUUUAAUCCCCUGAAUACACACAUCGAGAGAUACUUUCCUUUUCAAGACACUUCACUAAUCCCAACCAUGUGCCAACUGGCUUCUGUACUUGACCGUUACGUAUGUCUGCUUGCCAAAUGUGCGGACUCCAGCCGCAUCGGGCGCGUAGAGACGGUCAGGUUUUACGUCGUGGAUCUGCAGGAGUGCGUCACGGAGGAGUACUCACGCGGGGCCCAGUACGGAGAGAUGAUGCAUGUGACGGGUCAAAAGAUUUACGUCACCUCACCAGGAAAGAGAUUCAGCAAGGUUUUCGACAUGGAGCUCAAGAGCUGGAAAAGAUGUCGGCGAAGUUUGCCUCCUUUUCCAGACGAACCAUCCCGUAUCAACUGCAUGGCCGUCCCUCACAAGGGGGCCAUGUUUGUGUUCGGUGGGAUGGACCGUGAUGUUCGAGACGCCCCUCCCCGCAACGGCCAUGUAAUAACCCCUUCAAAUUACCUCAGUUGUUACAAGUACAUGGAGAACCAGGACAGCUGGGAGAGGCUGCCGGACGCCCCAAGUCAGUUUCACGACAGCUGCGCCACGGUGGUAACUCUCCCGUCCAGCAUCCUUCACUGCACCCCUGACUGUCCUCACUGUGUGGAGAAGUACAAGUUCCAUGACCCCAUCUUUGACAGCUAUGCAAUGAGGGAGAACAUGAUGUACGAUGAUGAGGAUGAGGAUGACAUCAGCACAGAGGACGACUGGUCGGACGGGGAGUUGGAUGAUAUAGGACCUGGGGGACCAGAGGACUGCUGUAUUAUGUGACAUCUGGUGACACAAGUGAUAUGGUGAAGUGAGGCUCAAGCCAGUGAUAAGGUCAA